AUGACUAGCAGUAGCGGCGGCACUAAUACUGUUAAUAGUCAACAAGCACAAAGUAUUUUAACCCAAGUACCUUCAAAUGCAAAUGCAAAUGCAAAUGCAAACGCUAGUACUGAUGGCAACAACGCAACUUCACUAGUAAAUAAUUUGCAACAGAUGGCCGAUCAAGAUGGUGAUAUACAUAUGAAUCGUGCUGCUCACAGUAACAGCACAAGCACAGUUGACGAGCUUAUUGUACAUUUAAAUAUUGAAGAGCAUCACUAUUACAUAACUAGAGAACAAUUGUUAGCGUUACCAGAGUCUUUGCUAUUAUGUUUAUUUCCAAACGGUGUAUUUAUGACUAGGGAUGGGCAGGUUAUUACUUCCUUGACUUCCAACGAUGAAGUAUAUGUGUACAAUUUUAGCCAUGUUUGUUUUGAAUAUAUCAUGGACAUCUACACCCAAGCUACCGAAGAUUUAGUUCUACAUCCAGUUCCUGGCAUUUACGACAAAUAUUCUAAUGGGAUUAAUAAUGCAAUAGCUGCUGUUAAUAACCCUGAUAUCAUAAGUAACCCUAGUGCGUCAAAUACCAGCAAUGGUAGUACGGGCUUUUUUCAUCAUUUGGCUUCGACUAUUAGUGGCAGUAGCCUCAUACAUAAUCAACAUCCGCACAGUAGUAAUGAUAAUACGGAUGUUUUACACCUUAAUCCCAGUAUUAUACUUUUAAGAGAAGAUUUGGAUUAUUACUGUAUUCCAUUGAUUAAAGAGAUCAAGGGCGGGUUGGAUAUAGUUAUGCAACAAGUGAAGAUAGCUGCAGGCAGUUAUUUAAGUAAACAGCAAUCUAUUUUUGACGGAUUGUAUUGUAGUAAUAGAGUUAAAAGUGGUAAAUUGGGUGUAGCUGAACAGCAUUUGAUGGAUAUGUUAUGUAGUAGCGGGUUGGAACGUCAUUGCGAUUGGGGUAAUAGAACCCAAGAGCUGGGCAAAACAGUGAUCUCUUCAUUAUCCUUGAUUAGGUUGAAAAACGAGACUACUCAAUAUUAUAGGGAUUUAUUAGAAAAGGCUUAUCGAGAAAGGAUUUCGAGUAUCCAAAACACAAGUGGUAUGUUUUUACUGAGUCCGCAGGCCACUUCUAAUUCGUCGUUAGAUCUAUCACCCUCGACAAGUAAUGUUAGUGUCAGUACUAAUAAUAAUAAUAAGAGAAGGAGUAGAUGGGCUGAUAAGUUGAGUAAUGUAAGAUCACGUUCUCAAUCUAGGAAUAAAUCUAAAUCCAGAUUGGGGAACAAUAGUGGGUCACAUUACAAGAUUCGUAGUUUAUAUGAUUUAGUGCCUAAGCCAGAUAUCAAUCCCAAGUUGUUGUUAUUUUGGAAGAAGCCGGCUAGAAAGUGCUGGUGGGGUAAUAUAGAAAUAGAUGAUUUGGAAAUUGAAUUGCCCAUUGGCUCAUAUUAUAAGAAAGAUGGAGGGGGCGUAUUAGUAGUUGAUGGAGGGGAUGGCAUUAACAUCGUUAAGGUUAAAGUACCCGUUAGAAUACAUAUUCGUAGGGUGUGGACUUUGGAAGUUAGUAUUGUUGGUGUAUGA